UGUCCUGGACGUUGACCAAUCAGACAGCUGCAUGUGGAAGGUCUCAGCCAAUGAUGGAGGCCUGGCCAGCAGCCUGGGUCCUACUUUUAACGCUAAUCGCUGAUUGGCUGGAAGCGGCUCAAUCGCGGGACUUCACUGUGAAGGACAUCAUCCUCCUCCAUCCAUCAACCACACCUCAUCCUGGAGGGUUCAAGUGCUUCACAUGUAAAGAUGCACCAGACAACUACGAAUGCAAUCGCUGGGCUCCGGACGUAUACUGCCCACGAGAGACCAGGUACUGCUACACCCUCCAUGUGUUGGACGUCCAGGGGAAGACAGUGUCUGUGACCAAACGCUGCGUGGCCCUGGCCCACUGUCUGUCUACAGGCUGCACCCAGGACAACCAUGAAGGAUACAAGGUCUGCACUGCUUGCUGUGAAGGAAACAUCUGUAACAUGCAGUUGCCAAGAAACAAGACAGACGCCAUCUUUUCCACCACCUCUCUCCUCCACAGCAGUAACGGUCUACUCACACACUACUGGCUGCUCACUGGCUGUCUGAGCUCUACCGUCAUCAGCGUCAUGCUAUCCAACAGUCUGUGACAUCUAACACUCCUACAGUCAUCAGCAUCAUGCUAUCCAACAGUCUGUGACAUCUAACACUCCUACAGUCAUCAGGAUCAUGCUAUCCAACAGUCUGUGACAUCUAACACUCCUACAGUCAUCAGCAUCAUGCUAUCCAACAGUCAUCAGCAUCAUGCUAUCCAACAGUCUGUGACAUCUAACACUCCUACAGUCAUCAGCAUCAUGACAUCUAACACUCCUACAGUCAUCAGCAUCAUGCUAUCCAACAGUCAUCAGCAUCAUGCUAUCCAACAGUCAUCAGCAUCAUGACAUCUAACACUCCUACAGUCAUCAGCAUCAUGACAUCUAACACUCCUACAGUCAUCAGCGUCAUGCUAUCCAACAGUCUGUGACAUCUAACACUCCUACAGUCAUCAGCGUCAUGCUAUCCAACAGUCAUCAGCAUCAUGCUAUCCAACAGUCAUCAGCGUCAUGCUAUCCAACAGUCUGUGACAUCUAACACUCCUACAGUCAUCAGCAUCAUGCUAUCCAACAGUCAUCAGCGUCAUGCUAUCCAACAGUCAUCAGCAUCAUGCUAUCCAACAGUCAUCAGCAUCAUGCUAUCCAACAGUCUAUGACAUCUAACACUCCUACAGUCAUCAGCGUCAUGCUAUCCUACAGUCAUCAGCAUCAUGCUAUCCAACAGUCAUCAGCGUCAUGCUAUCCAACAGUCAUCAGCAUCAUGCUAUCCAACAGUCAUCAGCGUCAUGCUAUCCAACAGUCUGUGACAUCUAACACUCCUACAGUCAUCAGCAUCAUGCUAUCCAACAGUCUGUGACAUCUAACACUCCUACAGUCAUCAGCGUCAUGCUAUCCAACAGUCUGUGACAUCUAACACUCCUACAGUCAUCAGCAUCAUGCUAUCCAACAGUCUAUGACAUCUAACACUCCUACAGUCAUCAGCAUCAUGCUAUCCAACAGUCUGUGACAUCUAACACUCCUACAGUCAUCAGCAUCAUGCUAUCCAACAGUCUGUGACAUCUAACACUCCUACAGUCAUCAGCAUCAUGCUAUCCAACAGUCUAUGACAUCUAACACUCCUACAGUCAUCAGCGUCAUGCUAUCCAACAGUCAUCAGCAUCAUGCUAUCCAACAGUCAUCAGCAUCAUGCUAUCCAACAGUCUGUGACAUCUAACACUCCUACAGUCAUCAGCAUCAUGACAUCUAACACUCCUACAGUCAUCAGCAUCAUGACAUCUAACACUCCUACAGUCAUCAGCGUCAUGCUAUCCUACAGUCAUCAGCAUCAUGCUAUCCAACAGUCUGUGACAUCUAACACUCCUACAGUCAUCAGCAUCAUGCUAUCCAACAGUCUGUGACAUCUAACACUCCUACAGUCAUCAGCAUCAUGCUAUCCAACAGUCUGACAUCUAACACUCCAACAGUCAUCAGCGUCAUGCUAUCCAACAGUCAUCAGCAUCAUGCUAUCCAACAGUCAUCAGCAUCAUGCUAUCCAACAGUCAUCAGCAUCAUGCUAUCCAACAGUCAUCAGCGUCAUGCUAUCCAACAGUCAUCAGCGUCAUGCUAUCCAACAGUCAUCAGCAUCAUGCUAUCCAACAGUCUGUGACAUCUAACACUCCUACAGUCAUCAGCAUCAUGCUAUCCAACAGUCAUCAGCAUCAUGCUAUCCAACAGUCAUCAGCAUCAUGCUAUCCAACAGUCUGUGACAUCUAACACUCCUACAGUCAUCAGCAUCAUGCUAUCCAACAGUCAUCAGCAUCAUGCUAUCCAACAGUCUGUGACAUCUAACACUCCUACAGUCAUCAGCAUCAUGCUAUCCAACAGUCAUCAGCAUCAUGCUAUCCAACAGUCAUCAGCGUCAUGCUAUCCAACAGUCAUCAGCGUCAUGCUAUCCAACAGUCUGUGACAUCUAACACUCCUACAGUCAUCAGCAUCAUGACAUCUAACACUCCUACAGUCAUCAGCAUCAUGCUAUCCAACAGUCUGUGACAUCUAACACUCCUACAGUCAUCAGCAUCAUGCUAUCCAACAGUCUGUGACAUCUAACACUCCUACAGUCAUCAGCGUCAUGCUAUCCAACACUCCUUCUGCAUGGUAGAGCAAGUAGAUGUACAGUUUGAUCACCAGAUAUUUGGUGUUAUAAUUUUAUGAAGUUGCUUUUCUGUUGUUUAAUUUAUUUAAUUUUUCCUAUUUUUAAACCGAGACAGUAUUGACGGAAUCUUCUAGAUUUUGUCUCA